AUGAGUUACCGAACUGAUUAUAUAGAUUUACCUUCACCUUGGAUAACAUUCAAAAAAGGAGCUUCAGGAGAGCUCGUUGCAUGGUUAGAAAGGCCUGCUCAAAAAACUGGAACAUCCGUCUUGAUAAAGCCUGAGAUACCUUUCUAUCCUGAUAUAUUGGCAGCAGUGUCUAGAGAACAUCUAGAAUCAUCUUUACCAGAUCCCUCAAAAGCAUACAAUGUAAAGAGAGUAUAUAAAGCACUCAUGAAAGAAUCUCGUAAAGAUCGCGAACCAGAUUGGCCUCGUAACCCUUUACCUGUUUUUGCACUAUGUCAGUUUGUUACGAAUAAACCACUAUAUAUUAAUAGAACUAUGUGGAUUCGUGAUGCAGCUCUUGUUGCAAUUGAUCUAAGGACUAUGCGUCGCCCCUCAGAAUUGUGUAAGAUAAAGUUGAAUGACAUCAAAUUCUGUAAUAACCUAUGCUGGGUCCGAAUAUCUACCUCCAAAACUGACCAAUUCUCUAAUGGAAGGUUUAUUCCAAUUGAAAUGUCAAAUAACCUUUACUGCCCAGUUAAACUUCUUAUAAAUUACUUGAAAAUCUGUCCGAAAACUCCUGCUAACUGGCCCCUAUUUUUAUCAAAAACAAAGAAACAAAUGUCAGUAGGUGCAAUCAGUGCUGUUGUUAAAAGAAUGGCAGAACAUGCCCAUUUAACAGGCUGUUAUACAGCACAUAGUAUCAGAAUUGGUGGUGCAACCACUGCAAUGGAGGCUGGUUUCUCUCUAACACAGAUUCGUGCAAUUGGCGGAUGGGACAGUAAAGCUGUCAUGCUUUAUCUAAGAUCAAUUGGUACAGCACAAUUAGAAAUUUCUAAGAAGAUGG